CGUCAUGCAAAGCCAACGUCACCUGAGAAGAGCGCAUGAAUCCCCUGGAAGUAGAUUCCGAUCUCUUUCGGAGGGCCCGCUGUUUUAGUCUCUGCUACGUGAUCCUUGAAUCUAUCCACGUGAAACCUGCUUUUUCUGCCGAUGAUCGUCGGUGUGCCCCUCUCUCUUGGGUUUGGUCAUGUGCCUCCAUAUAGUUGUCCAUGCUGAAGAUGCUGAAGAACUAGCAUAUUAUUUGUUCGCAUAUCAUCUGAAGUUCCUCAGCGUUCUACUACUUUUCUCGGGCGACACUACCUAUUGUGAGGGUGUUGAGAUACUGACCGCGGGGUAUCCAAGGGUCAACGCAAUCAGGCGGGUACCUUCUCCGGCCGAAGUCAAUCGCGGAAAGGUCGGUCCGUCGUCAGAUUGGCUCCACCGAUGUAGGUGUCCGAUGGUCAUGCUCACGGCAACGUUGCCGAAAUCGAUGGAACGGUGGUUCUGGCACCAGAUGCUAGGCCAGGACGCGGCCAUCAUCCGGGCGCCGACGGCAUGUUUUGGAUCUACUGGGUUGUCACUGUACCCCUAACUAUUGUGGUUUUGGGCGUUUGGUAUUGGUGGGUCGAUUAUUCUAUGGAUAGAAAUUCCAUCAGCGUUGCUUGAAUAUCAGCCGGAUUUUCGGUGGGUAUUUAGGAUGGGAAUAGCUUCAAUUUUGCAGCUUCCUUUCCAGCUUCAAGCUUCGUCCCAGACCCUCUUUAGUAGCGUCUAAGAGAACGUCAACUCCCACCGUCCUUACAGUUAUGACCUGGACUCUUCAGUAACCUACACGUCCCCCGGAUUCAAGUAAGCUCCUCCGAUGACACCAAUCAACCAGCAGGCCAUUUCAAGUAGUCUGGAAAUCUUGAAAAUUAAGACCAUGAAAAUUGCUAAAAUCCAACUUCGUUCCUCAAGGUUUCUUUGGGCAAACCGCAAGCGGUUUGCGUCACCUGUUCACAACAACUCCCCAAGCAGCUUUCCCCAUAUUCCGAGAUCCUCUGAUUGCAUUGGCGAAUAUUCACC